ACGUCAUGCAGAACCCAUCAGCCACACGAAGCGGAAGCGCAAUCCCCUUUCUUGUGACUGCGAGCUUGAAAACAGCCCAGCGAGCCUGGUAGAGGACUGUCACUGUUGUUCUGUUUACACUUGGCACUUCACAGAAUAACAAGAUAAAGACAACUCACAUAACCGACGCCAUGGAAUCGAAUGGCAAAGAUGAACUCAAAGGGCCCGUGCUACAUAUCGUGGUGGUUGGAUUUCAUCACAAGAAGGGUUGUCAGGUGGAGUAUUCCUAUCCUCCCAUCAUGCCUGAUGAGGGUCAUGACAGCAGUGCCCUCCCUGAGGAGUGGAAGUACCUCCCCUUCCUGGCCUUGCCUGACGGGGCACACAACUUCCAAGAAGACACGGUUUACUUCCAUUUACCACCCCUAGAAGGAGAGAUGAAGUGUGUCUAUGGGGUUUCCUGUUACAGACAGAUAGAGGCAAAGGCUCUCAAAGUGCGGCUGGCUGAUGUUACCAGGGAAACGGUGCAGAAGAGUGUGUGUGUCCUCAGUCGAGUGCCUCUGUAUGGCCUCCUCCAGGCCAAGUUACAGCUCAUUACACACGCUUAUUUUGAGGAAAAAGACUUCUCCCAGAUAUCCAUUUUAAAGGAACUGUAUGAACACAUGAAUGGCUCAUUACGGGGCACGGCUCUGGAUGGAUCACAGGUGUACUUGGGACUGUCUCCCAGAGAUUUAAUAUUGCACUUUCGACAUAAGGUCCUCAUUCUCUUUAAACUGAUUCUGCUAGAGAAGAAGGUCCUGUUCUAUGUGUCUCCAGUGAACAGACUGGUCGGGGCCCUAAUGACUCUGCUGUCGCUUUUCCCUGGCAUGAUGGAGCACGGCCUUGCUGACUCAUCCCACUACAAGCCCAGGAGCAGCGUGUCUGAAGAGCUGACCCCGGUCAUUGAGAGCGUGCCAGGCGCCGAGGAGUUUGUGUCUGUGUCUGUCACAGACAUUGCCAACGCCACCCGUGAGCUGGAGGGGGCCACCGACGCCCCAAGAGUCCUGUCCCCUCCCUGCAGCCCCCUCAGGGAGGACGCCCACCUCCUGAAGCCCCCCCAGCGCGCCUCGCCGGACUCAUCUGAGAGCGACUGGGAGACCCUGGACCCCAGCGUGCUGGAGGAGGCGCAGCAGCAGCAGAAGGAUGAGGAGGAGGAGGAGGAGGAGGCCGCUGGAGGGUCGGGGUCAGGGCCAUGCCAAGGGGAGCAGGAUAAUGAGGCCUUUGAGCCCGCCUCCGGCCUGCCCAUCACGGUGCAGCCUCAGUCCUCUGCAGGCGGUCAGGGCGUCCUCACCCAGGGGCUGGUGUCUGGCUUGGAGGAGGACCAAUAUGGCCUGCCCCUCGCCAUCUUUACUAAGGGUUACCUGUGUAUGCCGUACAUGGCCCUGCAGCAGCACCACCUGCUGUCAGAUGUGACCGUGCGUGGCUUUGUUGCCGGAGCAACCAACAUCCUCUUCCGUCAGCAGAGGCACCUGAGUGAUGCCAUAGUAGACGUGGAGGAGGCACGGAUCCAGAUCCAGGACCCGGAGCUGCGGCGGCUGCUGAGCCUGACCACAGCUGACCUGCGCUUCGCAGACUACCUGGUCAAGCACGUGACGGAGAACCGUGAGGACGUCUUCCUGGACGGCACCGGCUGGGAGGGGGGCGAUGAGUGGAUCAGAGCACAGUUCAACCUUUAUGUGCUCUCACUGCUGUCUUCCACGCUACAGCAGGAUAAUGAAAAGAUGUUGGCUGAUUAUGGAGCUCCAUUCGUCUCUGCCUGGAGGAUCACGCAUAACUUCAGAGUGUGGUACAGCAACAAGCACCCGGCCAUGGCUGAGAUUACCCCUGGCCAUCCUUGCCUUGGCCAGUACAGUGUGACUGACAUGAAGCUGCGCCUCUCUCACUCUGUGCAAAAUAGUGAGCGUGGGAAAAAGAUUGGCAACGCUGUUAUGACCACCAGCCGGAGUGUGGUUCAGACGGGGAAGGCUGUAGGUCAGUCUGUGGGGGACGCCCUGACCAGUGCCAAGUCAGCCAUGUCAUCGUGGUUCUCCACCUUGGCCCAGCCUGCUGCUGAGGCUUCCCCAGCCUGUCCCCAGACUCCAGCUACCAAUGAGUGACACCCACACCUCCUCAUGAACUGUGAUAAACCUCCAGCUUGUAACGAGCCCAGACCCAGACCCAGACCCAGACCCAGACCCAGACCCAGACCCAGACCCAGACCCAGACCCAGACCCAGACCCAGACCCAGAGACAAUCCAGGGGCACUAGUCACCCUUCCUGACACACGUCCUUGGUUGACUCAUGGUUCAUGGAGCACUGAUGUACAACCACAGAUUCAGAUGGUAUUCCAGCCAUUGGCUGCAUCGGCAUGCUAUCCAUUGCUCACUUGAACUCGGGCUUUAGGAUGAACUUGAUAUAUCAGGUACUGUCCGCCCCGGACUUCACCAUCAAGACAAGAAAAAAUCUCCACACUAAAGUCCUUUUUUUAAUCUCCAAUCUGCAUCUCUCCAUUCUUUACCACUUACCAGAACUGUUGAAGCAUUGUACACCAAUGGCUAUCCUCCCCAUGACUUCUUCCCUGAGAUUUCUGUUAUUUUCCAAACCUCAAUGGAUCAUGAACGAUCAAAGUCUAAGUGUUCUGGAAGUAUGUUGUAUCUUUGUUAAUGUAUCUCUGUGUGUGUGUGUGUGUGUGUGUGUGUGUGUGUGUGUGUGUGUGUGUGUGUGUGUGUGUGUGUGUG